AGGAGGAGGCCGCAUCGUAGAGAGGGAGAGGAGCGGGAGAGCCUCUGGUUGGAGGCCACCACGGCCGCGCGGAAGGCCACGAAAGAGGAGGAUGCCCUCGGGGAUCUCUGGGGACUGCUGGUGCUUGGGGCAGUCAAGAGAAAUUGGGAGAAUGCCGCAUCGCGAGGAGGAGGCCAUGUUACGCCAUCACGGAAAGGGAGAGGAGGAGAGCCUUUGCUUGGAGGCUGCCACUGUCGGUCCGCCACACGGAAGGCCGCGGAGGAGGAGAUGAUGGCCCUGAGGGAGAACUGGAGAAGCUUCUCGAAGAAGAAAAGACUUGGGUGGACAGGGCAUAUCGCGGAGGAAAAAAAAACAACAAGGGAUAACGUGGUGUGUUGGGCCUGACUUCGGGCUUGGGCUCGGACUGUGCCAAAGGUCUAUCCGAGCUCGGCCCAAAAACAAAAUGGGCUCUAUUUUUUGACUCGAGCUCGGCUUGAAUGGUUUCGGAUUGAGUCUGAAGUACGAUCCGAAGCCAGCCCGAUCCUAGCUCACUUUCAGCCCUACUGGUGGAGCACUCUGGGGAUUAGGUUUGGAGACAGGAUGAUACAUGC